AUGGCGCCUCGCUCAGCUGAGGAGCUCCGGUCGAUGGGGCAGAUGGAUCCCCGCCUCAAAGAGAUGCUGGAGAGCAACCCACUGCCAAAGCCCCCUCCCGGAUCAGACUUCUUCGCCCUCCGUGAGCACCGGGCUGCCAUGCUGCGCGAGAAGCACCAUCUCCGAUACCUCCCCGGCCCGAUCAAGGAGGUCGCGGAGCAUGACCGAAAGAUCCCAGUCCCGGGCGGGUCAGAGAUCACGGUCCGUAUCUACCAGCCUGAAGGUUCUCGCGCCCCCGCUCGUGGCAGUCCCCUGAUCGUAAUGUACCACGAGGGCGGAUGGUCGAUGGGGGACCUGACGGACGAGGAGACAAACUGCCGACUGUUCAGCCGUGACCUGGGCGCUGUUUGUAUCAAUGUGGAGUACAGGCUGGGCCCUGAGCACAAGUUCCCAAUUGGCAUCAACGACUGUUGGGACGCCUUGAAAUGGGCCGCCGACAAUGCUUCCUCGCUCGGCGCCACACCUCAGGCCGGAUUCAUAGUUGGCGGCGGCAGCGCAGGUGGGAACAUCGCAGCUGUGCUUGCCCACCUAGCAAGGGACCAAAGGCUGCAUCCGCCGCUCACAGGGCAGUACCUCUGCGUGCCCGCAAUCACAUGUCUCAUGCCUCUUGAAGAGAUGCCCGAGCAGUAUCGUGCCGAGUACCUGAGCCACCCGUCGGUCACGCCCUCCGUCGACCCAGUGCUGCAGGCAGACAGCAAAAACCCGCGAGGAGUAGUCAAGGUAGUGGGCGCAGACGUCAACAACCCCUUGUUCGUCCCCUUCCUCUACCGCAGUAAACCGAACGGCCAUGAAGGCUUGCCUCCAGCCUACCUCCAAGUCUGCGGCCUGGACCCGUUGCGGGACGAGGCUCUGAUUUAUGAGCGGGUUCUGAGGGAAGAGGCAGGCGUAAAGACAAAGCUGGAUGUCUACCCUGGGCUCGGUCACUACUUCUGGACUAACUUCCCGCUUCUGGAUGCGAGCAGGCAGUUUGUGGAGGACACUGUGAAAGGAGUUGGGUGGCUCUUGGAACGCUCCUCAAAGGAGCCCUGA